AUUGGGAGAUGAUUUCAUGACAGUGUACAACUUCACUCUUCCAACCUCCCAAAUUCCAAUAUUAAACUAUGGAUUGGCCGGCCACAACUAUGCAUGGUUGCUACGUAUCUCCAUCCUUUUUGUCUCAAACCUUUGGAGUUACUCUCCAAUAUCCAUGAACUUAAACAUGUUCUAUACCAAUCACAAACCACCUUGUUCCUCACUCCUCACAUUCACAAGCUUAAGCCAUGUUCAACUCCUUCAAAAGAUUAUUAUGCCUUCUAUUUUUCCUCUUACUAUCUUUUAAUGUUUCUCUUUGUUUAUCUUCUUCACUUGAGGACUUCACUUUUUGUUUGGAUGAUAGCAAAAUAAAAAACUUCACUGCUUUCCCUUACAAAGAUCGUGAUCAAUCCUCUGCUUAUAAUUACUUCAAAAUUCUCAAUUUUUCAAUUCAAAACCUUCGGUUUGCCGAACCAACGACUCCUAAACCAAUAGCAAUUGUACUUCCAGAGAGUUUGGAGCAGCUACAGAAAACUGUAGCAUGCUGUAGAGAAUUCUCCUUUGAAAUUAGAGUGAGAAGUGGUGGACAUAGCUAUGAAGGAACUUCCUCUGUUGCUGAUGAUGGAGCAUUUUUUGUCAUCAUUGACAUGAUGAAUUUAAACCAUGUUUGGGUGGAUAUGGAGACAGAAACAGCAUGGGUUGAAGGUGGUGCAACAUUGGGAGAGACUUACUAUGCUAUUUCUCAGGCAAGUGAUGCACAUGGAUUCUCAGCUGGGUCAUGUCCAACUGUAGGAGUUGGUGGACAUAUUGGUGGUGGUGGAUUUGGUUUGUUGUCUAGAAAAUAUGGACUUGCAGCAGAUAAUGUUUUGGAUGCCCUUCUUGUUGAUGCUAAUGGACGAUUGUUAGACCGCGAAACCAUGGGAGAAGAUGUGUUUUGGGCUAUUAGAGGAGGAGGUGGUGGUCUUUGGGGAAUUGUCUAUGCAUGGAAAAUCAAGUUGUUAAAAGUGCCACAAAUUGUAACUGGUUUUGUUGUAUCUAGAACAGGCACAAAAAGUGAUAUUGCUAAGUUAGUGAACAAAUGGCAACAUGUGGCACCUAACUUGGAACAUGACUUCUACUUGUCAUGCUUUGUCGGUGCUGGUUUGCCUGAAGCUAAAACAAUAGGCUUAUCAGCAACAUUCAAAGGGUUUUAUCUUGGUCCUAAAUCCAAGGCAAUAUCUAUAUUGAAUCAUGCUUUUCCUGAAUUAGGUGUUAUAGAAGAAGAAUGUAGAGAAAUGAGUUGGAUUGAGUCAGUUGUUUUCUUCUCUGGACUAAAUUAUGGAGCUUCUGUCUCUGAGUUGAGGAAUAGGUAUAUGCAAAAUAAAGAAUAUUUCAAGGCCAAAUCAGAUUUUGUAAGGAACCAUGUUCCAUUUGUAGGUAUAAAAACUGCACUGGAUAUUCUAGAAAAAGAGCCUAAAGGGUAUGUUAUUUUGGACCCUUAUGGUGGAAUGAUGCAUAGUAUAAGCAGUGAAUCCAUUGCUUUUCCUCACAGAAUAGGAAACUUGUUUACAAUUCAGUACCUGAUCUAUUGGAAAGAAGUAGACAAUGACAAAAGCAGUGAUUAUAUUGAUUGGAUUAGAGGAUUCUAUUCUUCUAUGACCCUUUUUGUUUCAUGGGGUCCAAGAGCUGCAUACAUUAAUUAUAUAGAUUUUGACCUUGGAGUAAUGGAGAGGAUUACCAUUGAUGGUAUGGUGAAAGCAAGGGUUUGGGGUGAAAAGUACUUCUUGAGUAACUAUGACAGACUUGUGAGGGCCAAGACUCUGAUUGAUCCAAACAAUGUUUUCACCAAUCAACAAGGCAUUCUCCCUAUGUCUUUUGCUAGCUCCAAUGCCAAAGUACUUGGUAUAUAAUAAAUGAUUCCAUAUUGAAUUUAUAAGCCAUUGUUUGGUACCACGUUGAUUUGAUUAAUCUCGUGUCUCUAUAUUUACAUCGAUUGUACCAUGAAAACACAAUCGUGUUCAUUUGAAUUAUAUGGCUUCACUAAGAAUCUAUGGUCAUAGGCACUCUUUAAGGGAAGUUAAUGCAUUGCAUUUUGGAUUGAGCUUAAAAUUAUGCUAGGAAGAGCAUCUCCAAUGACAUAGUCGUACAAUUUAGUACUAUCUUUUGUUUAAAAUAUAAGAGAGAAUUGAAUCAAGAAAAGUUGAUAAAUUCUUACUAAAUACAUAAAUUUUCGUUAAUUCAAUUUUUU